AUGACAACAUCGUCCCAACUCGGCUUCUCCCUCCACGACGGCAGCCUCGACGUCGGGGGCGCUGUCCUGCUCUCUGGCGUUCCGUCCAACGUCACGCUCAGCUCUUUCGAGUUCGACAAGUCCUGCUGCGAUGCGCCACCGCAUCUGCUCGACCAGGCCACCGCCGCCGCUGGCCGUGGCGCCUUCCUCGGCUUCACAGCUCCGGACGCCACCGACCGUGCACCAUGCCGCCUCGGCCAGCUUCUUAACCGCAAGUUCCUGAGCGUGUUUCGGUUCAAGACGUGGUGGAGCACCAUGCGCGCCGGCGAGCGCGGCCGCGACGUGCAGCCGGAGACGCAGUGGCUGCUCCUUGACGCCCCCGAGCUCGGCCCCGGCGGAUGCGUCUUCGUGCUCCCCCUCGUGCAGGGCAGCUUCCGCUCCGCCAUCUUUCCCACCUACGGCGCUGGCGACGAGGACGACGGCGUCGUGCUCUGCGCCGAGAGUGGCUCGCCGGCCGUAACGGGCUCCGAUUUCCGCCGCAUUGCCUACGUGCACGCCGGCACCGACCCGUACGUCGUUAUGCGCGAGGCCUACCUGGCCGCCCGAGUCCACCUCGGCACCUUCAAGCUCAUCGAGGAAAAGGCCCUGCCGCCCAUUGCGGAGCGUUUUGGGUGGUGUACCUGGGACGCGUUCUACCUCACCGUCGACCCCGUCGGCGUAUGGCAGGGCGUGUCCGAGUUCGCGGACGCUGGGGUGCCGGCUCGCUUCAUAGUCAUCGACGACGGCUGGCAGAGCGUGAACCGCGACGACGACCCUGCGCACGCCGACGCGCGCGGGCUCGUCCUCGGCGGAGACCAGAUGACUGCGCGCCUCCACCGCUUCGACGAGUGCGAGCGAUUCCGCCGCUACAGAGAGGGCGACCUGCUCCGCUCACCCCCCGAAGUGUUCUACGACAAAACCCUACCCAAGACCAUCGUGCGCAAGGCCUGCGAAAUCGAGGGCAUCGUCAAGGCGAAGAAAAAGGCGGGAUUGCAGGGCGGCGCCAUUGACCUGUCUGGCUUCGACCCCAAACUUCAACUACUGCAGGGAGAGCUGGAGCAGCUCCUCGCCAAGAGCGCGCAUGCCCUCGACAAUCUCCGCGAAGCCGGCAGCGGCGACAAUGGCGGCGAUGUAGGGCUGAAGGCGUUUCUGAAGGACAUGAGGCAGAAGUUCCCAGGGCUGGACGACGUGUACGUCUGGCAGGCUCUGUGCGGCGCUUGGGGCGGCGUGCGUCCUGGCGCGACGUCCCUGGACACUGUCAUCGAGCCAGCGCACCUAUCCCCCGGCCUGGCGGGCACCAUGGAGGACCUUGCCGUGGACCGUAUCGUGGAGGGCGGCAUCGGGCUCGUGCAGCCGCACCACGCCGGCAAGCUCUACGACGCCAUGCACUCGUACCUCGCCGGCGCCGGGAUCACGGGCGUGAAGGUGGACGUCUUCAACACCCUGGAGUACUUGUGCGCCGACCAUGGCGGCCGCGUGGAACUCGCCAAGGCCUACUACGCCGGGCUGUCGGACUCCAUCGCUGCCAACUUCAGCGGCACGGGCAUCAUCGCCAGCAUGCAGCAAUGCAACGACUUCUUCUUCCUCGGUACCCGUCAGGUCUCCAUGGCGCGCGCUGGCGACGACUUCUGGUUCGACGACCCCAACGGCGACCCCAUGGGUGUCUACUGGCUGCAGGGCGUGCACAUGGUGAACUGCUCCUACAACAGCCUGUGGAUGGGGCUGUUCGUGCGCCCCGACUGGGACAUGUUCCAGUCCGACCACGUCUGCGCUGCCUUCCAUGCGGCCUCCCGCGCCGUCUCUGGCAGCCCCAUCUACGUCAGCGACUCCCUCGGCGGCCAUGACUUCGCACUGCUCAAGACGCUUGUCUUCCCGGAUGGCACCCUGCCCCUCUGCCUGCACUACGCGUUGCCCACUAGAGACUGCCUCUUCAAGAAUCCUCUCUUUGAUCAGGAGACCGUUCUCAAGAUGUGGAAUCUUAACAAGUUUGGAGGUGUGAUUGGGGCAUUCAACUGCCAGGGAGCGGGGUGGGACCCUGUGGAGCGACGCAUCCGUGGCUAUGCACACUGCUACAAGGCGAUGUCUGGCACCAUACAGCCCUCCGACGUCGAGUGGGGGCAGAGGGAGGACACCGCGGCAAUGGCCAACGCCGCAGAGUACGCGGUGUACAAGCACCACUCCGGGGAGCUGGUCCUGAUGACCAGAGAGUCUGAUCCCAUCAACUUCUCUCUGCAGCCAUCCUCGUACGAGAUAUUCACGUUUGCUCCUGUGAUGCUGCUGGCCGGUGGCGGCAAGUUUGCGCCGGUCGGGGUGGUUGACAUGAUUAACUGCGGUGGCACAGUCGUCGAUGUCGAACGCCAUGGUGAUGUGCGGGUGAGGGUGAAGGGGGCUGGUAGGCUGAUGGUGUACUCGUCGGUGAGGCCUGUAAGGAGCGUGGUGGAUGGCUGUGAGGUUGAAUUUGAAUGGGGAGAUGGCGGGAAGCUGGAGGUUUCUGUCGCUUGGAAGCAGGACAAGGAGGGCGUCUCUGACGUGGUUUUCUGUUACUAG